AUGGCCCAGUCCGCUGCAGAACAGCCGCGCUCCGGCGCCCGCACGCCCGUCCGCUCGUCGCGCCGCUCCCACCCCAACAUCCAGCAGCUCUCCCUUGCUCCGCUGAGCGCCCAGUUCCAGGGCGAAGCUGCCACCGCCGACAUCCGCCCCCGCAGCCCCCACAGCUCCUACAUCCAGCCCAAGACGGCCCCGACCACGCCGGGCAUCCUCAGCCGCAGCUCCUCGCGCCAUCGACACGCCGGCCACGUCCACUACGUGCACGACGACUACUUCACCCGCCCCAUGAGCCCCGACGGCAUCAACAAGUCCAAGAGCGACGCCGCCCUGCACAGCGACAUCGCCUACUACCCGCGCCACCACCGCCGCAAGCACACGGCGCCGCCCGGCUCCAUCGUCAACGUCAGCAACACCAGCCGCAAGCUCACCACGCCCAAGCAGCACACCCGCGAGACCCCGUCCGACUGGCUAUACCGGGCCGGGCUCGCAAUUGCCUCGGAGACGCGCGAGUCCAAGGGCCAAUCGUGGCUGACGCGCCGCGAGAGCAGCACCUCGCUCGUCCGCGACGGCCAUGGCUCGGACGACGACGACGACGACGACAACGACCACCGCGAGGACAGCGUCGGCGUCGGCAUCGGCAGCCCCGCCGGCGCCGGCUCCGGCCGUCCGUCACGCAGCCACAGCACCUUCUUCGCCGACGACGAAUACAGCCCCGUGACGCCCAAGAGCCGCGGCGGCAGCCGCACGGGCAGCGCGUUCAACAGCCGGCGCGGCAGCAGGGUCGGCAGCAGGGUCGAGCUGCGGGGCCUGACCGGGCUCACGUCCCGGCCGCCGGGCGACAGCGUCGAGGACGGCUAUCUGGCCGAUCAGCAUCAUCAUCAUCAUCAUCAUCAGGGGAUCCCGCUCGAGCCCGACUUCGUCGAGUCGGACGAGGAGGGCCUGGGCGACGAGGAAGAGGUCGCCCGGCUCGCGCAGGAGGGCGGGUUCGGCGGGUGGAUGGAGCGGCUGAUCGGCUGGUCGCUGUUCGACGUCGAGGAGGACGGCGAGGAGACGGACGACGAGGAGCAGCAGCAGCAGGUCACGGAGCAGGAGCUGUAUCCGGGCGAGGAGGACGUCAAGAGGCGGCGGGAAGAGGAGCUGCGGCGCCGGCGCGAGGAGCGGGCGCGCAUCCAGGCGGCCAGCAGCGCGGCGAAGGAGAGGAAGGAGCUGCCGCAGCCUGGUCAAGGGGAGGGCGAGGGUGGCUGGCAGGAUGCCGCGUGGUUGUUGAGCGUGGCGUCCAAGGUCUUGCUGUGA